CGCCAAGUAUCUGCUUUCCCAUCUCCCCGUCACUUCCGCAAAACGCAAAGCAAAGCCGAGCAAAUAAGCAGCACCGAAAGGAAGCGCCGCCGCUGCCGGAGAUGGGAACCCGAGAGGUUUACGAGGAGAAACUACGUAACGGGAACCUGCAUCACGAUCCCACCAUCAACCCUGGCCUCGGCACCCCACGCUGCCCUCGCUGCCUCUCCCUUCUUGACGCCGAUUCCGAUAAGGGCGAAUGGACCAUCACCUCCGUUUUGCACGACGCCACCGCCGUGGCUGGGUCUGGCAUUGGUGCGAUGCUUAGUGCAGUGCAUGGUCUUAAUACAGGGAUCCCAUUCCUCCAGAAUCGUCUGAAGGGGCCCAAGUGGCUUCCGUUCGUAGUUGGGGUUCCUCCACUGCUAAUGUACUCUGGCGCAUCUGCUGCUUUUGGAGGCACCACCAUCUACCAAGACUACUUGAACUUCCGCUCUCCUAUUUUGUAGCAGAUUUCUAUUCUGAGUGUGCCCAAUCUGCUAGGAAGCCAUUUCAUCUCCCAUAGUGUAAAAUUUGCCCCAUUUUCUGUGUUUGGGUUUGAGAGAGGAGGGCUUGGGUAUGAUGGUCGCUGGAAGGACGGCAGGUUGCUUUGAUGACUGAUAGUAGCAUCAGUUAUGCUGGCUGGAUUUUGUAAUAUCAUAUCUGGUUUUGGAGCCUUGUAUGCUAUUUAGUACACCCUUGCACGGGUUUAUCAUUUCAUUGGAUUUUUUUCAAUCACUUGUUUGCACAUUGUUUCUUUAUACUGUGUGACUUUGAAUGCUCCCAACUUUGACGGUCAAUCUGAUCCCAUUAUUAGCUGUAGUUCUUCGACCCAUCAAAAUAUCCAUGGUUGCAAUGAACAUCGCGUGGGUUGGUGAUUAUGCAUAAUUGCAAGGACCACUUUUGGUGACAUUUUUUUGUAACUGUGGAUGUUUCUGUGCAUCUGUGUGAAAGUUUGCAGAAAUCUUUUCAUUUUUGAAAUUUAAGCUUGCUUUCGGUGGACACAGAUUGGCUUUCUACAUAUUCUGGCUGUUCGCGUUUAAUGUUGUGGCUUCCAUUUUUUCCGUUGUAGAUGAGAAUGCCAAGCAUAUCCUUCCAUUAUUAGGAGUAAUCAAUUGACUGAUGUGCAUCUUCAAUUGUCUCCAAGCAUAUCCUUCCAUUAGUAGGAGUAAUCAAUUGACUGAUGUGC